AUGACCGUCGACGAUACCGUCGCUUCCACGGACCUCCAGAACCCAGCUGACGCUCUCGAGUUCCUGGUCCAUGUCGCCGAGCGUGAUUCGGGAUCCAACACUAAUCAACUGCCACCAAUGCAUAGCUCGGUCUAUGCCCGCUCGCCAACCCGGGCCAACACGGCUCCCAUUGAUGCGCACCGCCGGACGAUUCAGCCGACACACAACAACAUGAUCGACUACCCUCCACUCAACAAGGGACAGCUCAGUAUGGAGAUGAUCCGAGCACUGCUCUAUCGAUACGAAGACAAGUACCACCCUUACUUCCCCCUGGCCAAUCCCGCUGCCAUGGACCCCAACAAUCUCCCUACCAUAGCAGCCAAAGAACCCCACCUACUCGCAGCAAUCUUGACGGUGGCGUCGAAAGAUGAGAAAGAUUGGUGGCAGGUCCAUGAUGAUUGUUCGACACAUAUGCAGUCGCUCGUCGCGAGCCUCGUGUACACUGGCUCUGCUGCUGUGGAGGCUGUCGAAGCGAUGCUGAUCCUUGCCGAGUGGGUACCGCGAAGACCUCAUUCCACUCCCUCGAUAGGACGUGGCGAGGAAGAUCAAGCCGCCUGGAUGUACGUUGGCACUGCGAUACGAUUGGGCUAUCUUCUUGGCAUCGACCGUACCGGCUUCCGAGCAGAAAGCGAAGCCCAAACGGCUGACCUCAAUCGGAAACGCCUCGCGUGGGCCAGCUGUUACAUGAGUGAUAGACAGAUCUCGGUCAGGAUUGGAAAGGCAUUUUGGUCCCGAGGCCCCGGCCCGAUGACCACAUUACGCGCAGAAGACUUUCCCAGCCUACGGCCCAGGUUACAUGUCAACGACAACUUCGCCGCCAUAUAUCAGGCCAAUCUCGAGCUGACCCAGCUGUUUAGCAACGCCCACGACGUGUUGUAUGCGACCAAGAGCCGAUCGAAUCAACUCAACUUUGGCGGCGAAUACGUAAAAUACAUUGAUGACUUCCGGGUGACAUUACGGCACUGGAACGCAUCAUGGGGCCAUUUCACCUGUUCACCGCCUCUGAAGGCUAGCCUGAUCCUCUCCUACGAGUACCUCCGCCUCUAUGUCAAUGCCUUCGCAUAUCAGGCAACGCUGAAUCGCCUCUCGAACAAGAUGCAAGAAGCUGUGGAGAACGGGCAGACUGCACGCGCGCCUGCUUACCCCUUCGCAGACGUCGCCGCAACACCCGACGCACGCUUCAUCUACGACGCCAUUGACGCAGCCAAGGCCCUCUUGAGCACCUUCUGUAGUUUCGUUGAUCCUCAAGAAUGCUUCCGUUUCAUGCCUCUGCGAUACUACUUGUACGUCAUCUACUCGGCCGUCUUCCUCUACAAGGCUCGAUCGACCGGCGUAAUGGCGGGUGAUGCAAGGGGCUCCGUCAAGCGACUGGUUGGCGAUACAAUGGAGAAUCUUCAGAAGUCAAGUGCGUGCCCGAACGACGUUGGCGAGCGCUAUUCCAGACUCGUGAAGCUGUUAUGGCGGAAGCCACCGGGCAGAGCAGGAAGCAUUGCAGAGCCCGCCGACAUCGCAAGGCCUGCUACCGCUCAGGCAGGUGGCCAAGGCAUGCCGGGGCCCAAUGGUGAGCCUAACCCGAUGGAUGCUGCACCGCCUUCCAUCAACGCGUUCAGCUGGCUCGACCUGGGGGCCGUCGGGGACUUUGCCGUUGAGAACAACAAUUCCGUCUCUGGCAGCAUGAUGGAUAAUCUGGAUCGCUUCGAAGACAGUUCGGUCGAUGGCUUUUCACAAUUUGAUCCUAGCUUGAUAUUGUCGCCACAACAAUUCUCGUGGAAUGGUCUGCCACAGUCCGGGAUCAUCUUUUAA